GACAUGGCAGGGCGGUGACAUUAGGUUGCAGACGACAGUAAAGUUUAUCGGAUAAAGUCCGUUACUACUGACCGCGCAAUAAUCAAUUCUGUCAGUGAAAACGCUCGAGCUGUUUCAGAUGUGCCAUUAAUUCAAUCUUACGAAUCUUACAUGUUUAUUUGCUAAGUCGUAUGUAUGCAUUAAGUGUGGCUUGAAGUUAUUUCCUUUUAUCAUUUCUUAUUCCAUUUGCUUUCUGGAUUACUUCGUCUCUGGAAUUGUGCUCUAAUACACAGUAAACAGAGAAAGCGUCACUGAGAUUUUUUAAAGAGAGAUUAAAGUCUGUCAACAGUGUCGUGCUUGCUUAUUUAUGUCGACAUCAAUAUCUAAUGCAGUUCGUUAGCAGGAAAAGAUGUCUCCAAGAAAUAGCUAUAUAUGGAAAUAUCGAAGUUCUUAAAGGUGAUAUUUGAUACAUUUAUUUCAUAGGGUUUCUAGAGAAAUUAAAUAACAUUUCAUGAAACAAAUCGUUAAAGAAUUCUUUUGAAUUCAGUCUACUGAAAAUGCGUGAAACUUUCCUGGAUUAGCCAAAACGGAUAAAAAAGGAAUUAUAAAUUAUUUUGCAUAACUUACCAACUGCAAAAGUGGUUAAAUAAAAAAUAUGCAAGUUGUUUAUAGUGGUGGAUCAACUCCAACGCCUUCGCCAAGGGUGCAACGUAAACAUAAUCCAGGUUAUGGGCGCCCUCUGUUUAUAGGCCACCCAUCAUGUAAGAACACUCCUCCGAUAAGCCACAGGGCGUCAUCAAAAGAGACUAAAGACAGUGCUGAUAAUGACUCGUCAUUAAGAGACUCGAUUCCUGCAAUGACAAAGCCAGUAGCAAUUACAUGUCUCGUGCUGAAUAUAUUACUUCCGGGCUUAGGUACAUUUACAGCGGGAUUUACUGUAUUAUGUGGAAGCACAAUUAGAUUUAAAGAAAUGACAAAACAGAAGAUCAUAUUUUCAAACACGUGGGUGGCGUUCUUACAAUUCAUUACAGCGUUCCUUUUUCUGCUUGGUUGGAUAUGGAGUAUAGUAUGGGGCGUGGCUUUCAUCACAAUAUCCACUGAUUACUUCAAAAACUUCAAAAGAGAAAAUCACAAAAGUAAAUUUCCACUUGGUGAGUCACUAGAUUUAGGCCAUUCAAAUGGUUCUACAUCGACCGGAAUCAACAAAACUGGAAGUUCUCAAGGUCUUAAUAGUUCGCGCUCACACCUUCAAAAACCUAUCAUGCUUCGCUCUUCAUCAGCAGAUCAGCCUUCUCAUCCACUUAUUGUAUUACAGAAAGCACCUGUCUCAAGUCAUUCAGAAACAUCGUUAGCAAAAUGUCACAUAUACCAUGAACCAAAAGCGCGCCAACACCAGCGUCAUCAGAAACACCUAUGCUCAGAUGAAGAAUUAUCUCCCCUGAAUCUUGAACAAAUAGUUAUUCAUAAUCUCCCUAAAGCUCCAGUGCGACGUGGAAUAUUGAGACGCGAAGAAACUAUUACAAGCAAUGCAAGUUCUGUAUCAUUUUCAGAUGUAGAUAAUCUUUGCUCAUAA